AUGAGCUCCCGCCUGAGGGAGCUCAUUCGCUCGGUGCGCCAGUGCAAGACCGCGGCCCAGGAGCGCAAUGUGGUGGCCAAGGAGAGCGCGGCACUGCGGGAGGCCUUCAAGAAGCAGGACACGGCCUACCAGCACCGCAACGUGGCCAAGCUGAUGUACAUACACAUGCUGGGCUACCCCACGCACUUUGGGCAGAUGGAGUGCCUCAAGCUGAUCGCUGCGCCCAGCUUUCCCGAGAAACGUGUGGGCUACCUGGGUUUGAUGAUUCUGCUGGACGAGCGCCAGGAGGUGCUGAUGCUUGUCACAAACUCUUUAAAGAAUGAUCUGUCAAGCAAGAAUCAGUACAACGUGGGGUUGGCGCUCGCAGCAUUUGGGAACAUCUGCUCUGCAGAGAUGGCUCGAGACCUGGCUCCUGAUGUGGAGAAGUUGUUGAAGAGCAGCAAUUCAUACAUUAGGAAGAAAGCAGCACUGACUACAACAAGGAUAGUGAAGAAGGUGCCUGAGCUGGUUGAGCAGUUCAUGCACCCCGCGGCAGAGCUCCUGAAUGACAGGCACCAUGGUGCGCUGCUCACUGGGGUGACGCUGAUGCUUGAGAUGUGCCACUUGGAGCCUGAUGCCAUCAAGGAAUACAGAAACCACAUUCCGCAAUUGUGCAGGAUAAUGAGGAGUCUUGUGGUCAGUGGCUUUUCACCAGAGCACGAUGUGGGCGGGAUCAAUGACCCUUUCUUGCAAGUCAAGAUCUUGCGACUUUUGCGGGUGCUGGGCAAAGGCAAUGCGGAGGCGAGCGACCAGAUGUCUGACAUACUGGCCCAGGCCGCCACCAACACGGAGCCCACAAAGAAUGCUGGCAACAGCAUCCUGUACGAAUGUGUGCAGACCAUCAUGAGCAUAGAGAGCACCGGUGGGCUGCGAGUGCUUGCAGUCAACAUCCUGGGGCGCUUCCUGGGGAACAAGGACAACAACCUACGCUACGUGGCACUCAACACACUGGCAAAGGUUGUGACUGUUGACGCACAGGCUGUGCAGCGGCACAGGACGACAAUCGUGGACUGCGUGAGGGACGCGGACGUCUCCAUCAGGCGGAGGGCCCUGGAGCUGGUGUACUCUCUCGUGAAUGAGGGCAACAUAAAGAACCUCACCAAAGAGCUGCUGGAGUACCUAGCCGUGAGUGACGCCGAGUUCAAGCCUGACCUGACGUCCAAGAUCUGCACGCUGAUCCAGCGCUACGGGCCCGAUAAGUGCUGGCACAUCGACAACAUGUUGCAGGUGAUGGCCCAGGCGGGCCAGUACGUGAAGGAAGAUGUGUGCAAUGCCUUGAUCGUCCUCAUCACAAAUGCAACAGACCUUCAGGGCUACACGGUGAGGGCCAUGUUCAGGGCCAUGAAGGCGAACGGCGACAGCAGCUGCACCAGCCUCCUCACUGUGAGUGCAUGGUGUCUUGGGGAAUAUGGGGACCUGCUGCUUCCCGGGCGCGGCGGUGCGCUGCAACAGGGCGAGGAGGCCCUGAGCGUCUCGGACUCCGAGAUCGUCGACUUGCUGGAGGCCAACCUGAGCGACAGCCUUGCAGAGGUGGAGGUGCGCGAGUAUGUGCUGACGGCCCUCAUGAAGCUGUCUGCCAAGCUGCCGGGGCAGGUGGAGCGAAUCAAGGGCAUCGUUGGGCAGUACACAGGCAACCUGGUGCUGGAGAUGCAGCAGCGUGCUUGCGAGUACAAGAAGCUGUUCAACUACGACCAGAUCCGUCCACAACUGCUUGAACAGAUGCCUGCCCUGAAUGAGAAAGAGUAUGCAGCCAACCUGGGCCUUGAAGUGACCGCCAGCGAUGCGAAGCAGGCAGCUGAAGACUCCAAUCUUCCGAAUGGUGCACCACCACAGCCAGCACAGGUCGACCUGCUUUCCGACUUGCUCGGCGAUCAGCCAGCAACCGUCCAGGCCCGCGGCGGCCUGGAAGCUCUGCUGUUCGAUCCCUCUCCGGCCAGCACACAGGCGCCCGCCGCAGGGGCCGCCACGGGCGCUGCUCCGCAGACCUCGUCAGCUGCGGUGGACCUGCUGGACCUCCUCUCAGACAGCACGCCGUCCCCGGCACAGCCCGAGAGGCCUGCCGUCAUGCAGGAUCCAUUCCUUGCAUUGGAUGCGAGCCCGGGCCCGUCGGCCACUGCUGCACCUGGCGGUGCAGCCUUCCCCAGCAUCGUUGCGGUCGAGAAGCACGGCUUCAAGGUCAGCUUCAGCUUCUCCAAGCCAUCUGCCACUUCGCCGGCGACCGACAUCGUCGCCACGUACUCGAACUCCACGCCCAACCCUAUCACUAAUUUCAGCCUCCAGGCAGCGGUGCCAAAGUACAUGCAUCUAAAGCUGGAAUCGGCGAGCGGAACGAGUUUGCCUCCGAACGGCAACGGCACCGUGACCCAAGUGAUUCAUGUCAGCAACUCCAUGAGGGAUCAGGGCAAGCCCCUCGCCAUGCGGUUGAAAAUCAGCGCCAACGUGGGAGGCAGCCAAGUCGACGACCAGUGCCAGGUCAACAACUUCCCGCCGGGGCUGUCUUGA